ACAGCACCUCGCGACACAGAGCGCGCAAAUAGAACUCGGAGAGAGUUUGGAACAGUCGAUCCUAUGCAUCCUGGUCAAGGGUGGGCUAGUAAUUCAAGGAAUCCCCAGUAGAAGCACAAUGGAGGGUGCUUGUUAAGAGCUGCCACAACUCCAUCCUCAUCACAGCAGCUGGGAAUAUUGGAGUCUGCUUCAAAUUGCCUGGAGAAAAUAAGAUCCACGUUUGAACCUUGCUGCCUGGAGUUGACAUGAAAUGACGAGGGCUAUUAAUGGACAAUGGGAACAAAUCAAUCAGCUGUUUGUAGUGCAGAGUCAAGCAAUCAGUAUUCAAAGGAACAUUCAGGCAUCUCUUAACUGCUUGAAUAGAUGAACCAAAGAUCCAGUAGUGUACAUCUCCGCUGUAACUCCCAUGACUUUAAAGGUGAGGACUGUUUAUUGAAGAGGAUUUGGUAAGUGCAGUAUGUAACAUUGAAGAUCCGCAUAGCACCAUGAACAACUCCAGUGGUAGCUGCGGUAGCCCAGUCACUGGUGGCACUUCGGAAGCAGAUCCAUUCAAGGAGAUGUGGAGCAAACUGAAGGAAUGUCAUGACAAAGAAGUGCAAGUGUUGCAGCUGAAAAUAAGCAAGUUAAAGAAUGACAGAUGUUUAGAUGCUCGAAGAGUUGAUGAAUACUACAACAAGAACCAGCAGCUAAGGGAACAACAGAAAGGACUCCACGAUAACAUUAAAAUCUUAGAAGACAGGUUGAGGGCAGGUUUAUGUGACAGGUGUGCAGUAACUGAGGAGCACAUGAGGAAGAAGCAACUUGAGUUUGAAAAUAUUCGGCAGCAGAAUCUGAAACUGAUUACUGAGCUCAUCAAUGAAAAGAACAGCCUUCAGGACGAAAAUAAAAAGCUCAAUGAAAAGCUAGAAUCGCAGCAACAUCAUCUGAAAGAGCAACAGGCUGAUGGAGGAGAAGCAAUUGACGCGGAUGAAGGAGUAAUACCCGAUUCUCCGGUGUCUAUCUCUAUGCUGAGCAGAAUGCGAAGAAGAAAGGAAAACCGCCAUAUCCGCUAUUCAGAGCAUUCUCGGGGAGAACUCACUCUGCCUCAGUCUAAUGAUGAGACCUAUAAAAUGGCUUCAACCUGCUUCACUGCAGUAACCCAGCCUUCUCAGAGAGAGGAAACCCUUGCAGCAGACACCUAUGAUCCUGGACUGUCCCCAGUGAAAAACAAACGGCCAGUAACAGGAAAUCUUCAGGCAGCGAACUCCAGUUUUAAUCUAGCUGCUGUUGUAGCAGAAACGUUGGGACUUGGAAUUAUUGAAGAACAUGAUUUCCAAAGUCGCCUAAAUUCCUACAGAGACAGCACUGUGCCAACACAUACAAGGCAUAAUAUUUUGGAAAAAGAUGCCAAACUGCCAGUAAAAGCUGAAGAGUUAAAGGAAAAUGGCUGCAGAUUUCCUUGUGUAUUGCAAACCAAUGAAAAAAAUGGAACAUGGGUUCCUCAGUGCACUUCUCCUGUAUUUGGAGUCUCUGCACACACUGCCAAAGGUUCCCCUAAUUCAGACAUAUGUGCAUCGCCAUCUUUAUUCGGUCAUAGGAUUUGCAUUCAGGGGUUGGACGUGCAUGGGAAAGCUCACAAGUUGAAGACAGAUGGCGAGGAGGUUGCUCUUUUACCAGUAGACCAGCAAAUCCGAAUGAACCAUUUCCUUGAGCAGUCCAAAUUGGGAGAACGAAGGGUUUCAAAAAAGCACGUGGAAGACAAAAGUGACGCAGCUGUAAGUGGCGACUGCCUACCUUCAUCAAACAGAUUGGCAAAAAGAAAGAAAACUGAAGAUGCCCAGGAUUCUAUCACUGGUUGCGGCAAACCUUCAACUAACAAAGAAAAUCUCUGGUCAAUAUUGGGGAAAGCUGCUUCUUUAGAUGAUGGCAGUCCUGACAAACCUUUGGACUUAUCUGAUCAUGUUUCUAAUUCUCGGUCAGGAGACAGAAGCCAAGGAAAAAAUACAGGGAACAAUAAACUAAUUCAAGCCACCCUGUUAGAAACCCUGAAGCCAAGUAUGAAGACUUCUGUAAAUUUGAGAAGAAUCUAUAAUGGUGGCUGCCUCAUUGCUAAGGACUCCCAGGAUGACCCUUAUCUUCAAGAGGCUGUAAGCAGAUCACGUGGGGAAAUCUUUCCGGGUGUUGAUGUGAAAUCUGAGGGAAAGGGAGAGAAUGAUCUUUCAUCUAGUUGCAGAUAUCUCAGUCCACAACGCAGCAACUUUCAAGAGACGGAGCAGCCCUCAAAUGAGACCAAGUCCCAGGAGCUUGAAACUCAAGACCCAGCUGAGAAAAACACGAGAACAACACCCAAAGAGUCUGAACCCACCUCAGUACUUCAACUAAAUCCUUGUGCAACCACUGCAAAAAGGCACAUCCAUGAGGAAGAUGAAAUGUUGAUAAUUUCAGGGAGAAAAUCGGAAAAUCUUCAGUGGAGCAUAGAUCCAGAAGCAGACCUCUCCAAGUAUAAGACUGACCCUGUGCAAGUGGCCUCCAAGCAGCCCAUUGAGCAGCAUGAAAUAGAUACUCCAGACAUGGACUGCACUUAUGUGAGCCAAAGUAUGCUGUUGAAAUCCAAGAGAAAAAGGCUAGACAAGUUAAAUUGUGGAGACAGAUCUGAGCAAGAUGAGACCCUUGCUGAGAUAUUUGACCGCACAGCAUAUGGUGAAUAUGAGUCGUGUCCCCAAGAAAAGAGUCCUCCUAAAGUAUAUGACAGUGAGUUUGAAGAAGGGCCAGAAAAGACACAAACUGAAGCGAUUGCACAGCCUUAUUUCAACUGUGAACAAAGGAAAAAUGCUGGUUUAAACUUCCCUCAUGUUGAGGUAGUCCGCAACAAAGAGGAGCGAAGAAAAAUGCAUGGGCAUACAUGCAAGGAAUGUGAAGUGUAUUAUGCAGACCUCCCAGAAGAGGAGAGACUGAAAAAGCUGGCGAAUUGCUCGAGGCACAGGUUCCGGUAUAUUCCCCCAGAUACGCCCGAGAACUUCUGGGAGGUGGGUUUCCCCUCCACACAGACAUGUGUUGAUCGAGGUUAUAUUAAAGAAGAGAACACACCAUGCCAGCGCCCAAGACGCAGACGUCCGUACAAUCCCACAUUUUCACCAAAAAGCAAAGAACCAAAUGCCAGCUAGUCACUUGCAUAACAGACAGCAGCAAUGAGAGAGGUCCAUGCAGAUGCACAUUCUGAAAAUCACAAUUUGCCUGAUGUUUUGCAGAAUGUAAGAGACUCUGACCUGACUUUUAUAGCAGUUUGUUAGUUCUAAGAUUUCUUUGAUUGUUAUUUAAAUUAUAUGUAUUUUGUCUUUCAUCUGCAUAUUAUUGUUAAAACUUUGAAAAUUUGCACACCCUACUUAAGGUAUGGUGUUCUUUGUUGCACUGGAUAAUAAUGCAAUUAAAUAUGUAAACCUUUCUACAAUUGAAAUGUUUAAUAUAGCUUGAAAGUUUCAUUGUUAUCGAUUGAAUAAGAUGUUAGUGCUUAUUGUUUGAUAAAUUUGUACUAGAUUAAUAAAGGAAAUGUCUUUCUUCUAAAAGCUCAGGUGCUGACUAAUGUUUGGUCAAGGCACACAAUAUGCAAGCAGUGAAUUACUCAGAGACAACUCUGUCAAACCCCAAAUACCAAAUUAAUUCCAACAGCAUCAUACUGAGAAUAGAUUAAAUACAAACGUUACAAAAGAAUUAAACCUGUAC